ACGCAUUCCGAUAUAUAUAUAUAUAUAAGUACUUUUUGACGAAAAUGAAAACGUGUCAGUUUGUCACUUUCACGAGGUCUGAGUAAUAACAUGUUCAACUACUUGUGCCCACAACUAGGUUGUGGCUUUAGAUUUCGAGAUAAUUAACAACUAAGGCAGAAUCUUUCACUUCUCCCAUUGAUUUAUCUAACCCGGCCUGCUUCGCAAGCGUUCCCGGAAGUCUAGCAAUGUCGCGCCUCUUUUGUCUUCUAUCAAACCACGAUAAGAAAUGUAAGCGUCCGCACAGUGCUUCGUAAUAAACGUAGCGAUUUCAACGCAUGUUCCGGUAUCAUCACUAAUGAAUGUCCAGCUCUCUCUCUGUUGGUUGAAAAUGUAUAAACUAGAUGCGUUUCGUGUAUUUUUAGAUGAGCGUUUAACGGCGGCUGCUCUGGAGAUUUUCGGGGCAGUUGAGAAAACGGUAGUGGAGUACCAGCAGGAGAAUGAUCGGCUACGCAGACAGCUGCGGAUCACACCGGAGAUACAACUAUGUAGAAUAGACUCCCUGCAGUUCUCUGUCUCUGAAGAGGAGGUUCCCCCUGAGCAGCAGCACUGUGAGCAGGAGUGGAGCCCCAGUCUGGGGCAGGAGGACCCAGAGACCAUACAGAUUAAAGAGGAACAGGAGGAAGUCAGGACCAGUCAGGGGGAAGAGCAGCUUCAAGGGCGCUUUGAUACCAAAGACUCCAUAUCCACUACUUCCUGUGUGAAAAGUGAAUGUGAUCAGGAGGACCCAUGUCAAGAAGCCGUACGAGCUGAACACCCAACUCUCAGUCCACUGAAAACAUCUAAACUACAGUUGUUUUGUGUGUUUUUAAAUGAAUGUUUAACGGCAUCUGCUGCUGUUGAGAUUUUUGGUGCGGUUGAGGAAACUGUAGCAGAGUACCAGGAAGAGAAUGAUCGGCUACGGAGACUGCUGCGGAUCACACCAGAGAUAAAACUAUGUAGAAUAGACUCCCUGCAGCUCUCUCUCUCUGAAGAGGAGGUUCCCCCUGAGCAGCAGCACUGUGAGCAGGAGUGGAGCCCCAGUCUGGGACAGGAGGACCCAGAGACCAUACAGAUUAAAGAGGAACAGGAGGAAGUCAGGACCAGUCAGGAGGAAGAGCAGCUUCAAGGGCUGGAGCCUGAUAUCAUAGAGUUCAAAUUCACUCCAUCCUUUGUGAAAAGUGAAUGUGAUCAUGAGGACCCACUUCAGUCCUUGACUCUUCCCCAAACCAAGACUGUGGAGAACAGAGAGAGUGACUGUAAACAAGUGGAUCUCAAACCUUUUGUCACUGUGACCCACAUUAAGGGUCUCAACAUUCCCUGUGACCCUCCAGAUUAUCAAAACAAUGCCUCCAGCUCAGCCGUAAGCAGCGACCCAGUAGGACUUGACAGCAGCCCGCCAAUGGAUCCCAGCCCACCAUUGAGGAAACACCAUUCCAAACACAGCACCACAUCUAAAACAACUCACAUCUGCCGUGACUGUGGGAAAAGCUUCAGUAUCAAGAAGGACCUAACCAGGCAUAAACUGACUCACACCGGAGAGAAACCAUUUAGCUGUGGUGAUUGUGGGAAAAACUUCAGUCAGAAGGGAGACCUAGGGAGGCACAUACUGACUCACACAGGAGAGAAACCUUUUAGUUGUGGUGACUGUGGUAAAAAAUUCAAUUGCCACUGGCUCCUAACCAGACAUAAACUGACUCACACAGGAGAGAAACCAUUUAGUUGUGACUGUGGGAAAAGCUUCAAUCAGAAGUGUCACCUGAACUUGCACAUACUGACUCACACAGGAAUAAAACCAUUUAGCUGUGACUGUGGGAAAAGCUUCAAUCAGAAGGGUCACCUGAACUUUCAUAUACGGACUCACACAGGAGUGAAACCAUUUAGCUGUGAGGUCUGCGAUAAAAGCUUCAGAUACAAGGGCACCCUAGCCGAACAUAUACAGAUUCACAAAGGAGAGAAACAACAUGGCUGCUCAAUCUGUGGUAAAAGUUUCACUCAUAAAACAAAUCUUCUGAGGCAUGUGGAUAAAGUCCACAAAGGAAGAAAACAGGAAAAAAACCUGAAAGAUGAAAGAAAAUGAGGACAAAGAUGUUCUGUCAGGAGAUGGGAAUAACAGGCAGGAUGUGGACAACACUCGUAGGAAAGCAAACGCAACUCUGGAUCAUUCCAGUUUCAACUGUUCUGCCUGCGGUUAUGGAACCCCUACCUGUCCCAGACCUGCUGUUUUCAACCCUUAAUGAUCGGCUAUGAAAAGCCAACUGACAUUUAUUCCUGAUUAUUAUUUGACCAUGCUUGCCACUUAUGAACAUUUUGAACAUCUUGGCCAUGUUCUGUUAUAAUCUCCACCCGGCACAGCCAGAAGAGGACUGGCCACCCCUCAUAGCCUGGUUCCUCUCUAGGUUUCUUCCUAGGUUUUGGCCUUUCUAGGGAGUUUUUCCUAGCCACCGUGCUUCUACACCUGCAUUGCUUGCUGUUUGGGGUUUUAGGCUGGGUUUCUGUACAGCACUUCGAGAUAAUAGCUGAUGUACGAAGGGCUAUAUAAAAUAAACUUGAUUUGAUUUGAUUCAUGCUUUGGGGUUCAAAUGAAUAGGUGUGUGAUCAAAUGGUGCAUAGUGUUGUAGUAAGGUCACAGGUCUGCUGAUCAAAGUCUGUUGAUGUUUUCACGUAAUUACAAAAAGGAAUUCCUGGGCAUUUGUUUAGUAAUUUCUCUCAUAAUGUCUGAUAUUAUUGAUACAUAAAAUACAAUUCCAGAAAA